GGGCACGUAUCAGUUAUUUCCAGUCACAUACUUUGAGGCCAAGAUUGAAUUUUUGGUAAAAGCAGUGGAAACUAGAAUCUGGAAAGAAAGUUCAACUGAAAGGGAAAAGAAAAUCCGGCUUUAAUGGCAAUGUGAUUUAGCCACUGUUGAGCUUAAUUCUUGGGACUCUUUCAGCAGAUGGUCCAAAGGUUAUGAUGGGAGAGGUACACACUACAACGAAUAAUUCAAGUGAGAAAGGCAGUGGACAUCCUAAUUUGAUAACUGAUGCUUUACAUGGUUUCUUCUCGCACUUCCCAAAGAAAGUGUGUGAGUCUGUUGCGCAGUUUAAUUUCAAACAAUUGAAGAGUAACGACAACAUAAAAACCUCAGAGUUUCCAUCAGGUGGGAGCAAGAAAGAGUCCUCUACCAUCGAUUUGAGUUUAGAGAAGCAAAUGCAUGCCUGGAAAGAAAAUCCAGUUUGGGCAGAUUAUCCUCCAGAUAUAAAGGUCACUGUACCUAAAGGUUCUCUUUGCAACCUAAGUUUGAAAGUUGAUGUCGGGUUGCCACCAGAUGCAGUAUAUAAUAUUGUGACGGACCCUGAUAAUAAGAGAGUUUUCAAGAACAUUAAGGAAGUAAUAUCUAGAAAGGUAUUAGUUGAUGAAGGAUUAAGGCAGGUCGUAGAAGUGGAGCAAGCAGCGAUUUGGAGGUUCCUUUGGUGGUCUGGAACAAUCUCAGUUCAUGUUCUAGUAGACCAGAACAGAGAAGAUCAUACAAUGAAGUUCAGACAAAUAAAGUCGGGAUUCAUGGAAAAGUUUGAAGGUUGCUGGAAAAUGGAACCUUUAUUUGUCGAUGAAGAGUUAUGCCAUCCAUUAAAGCCCAAGUCUUUGUUGGAGUACGUUGCUUACACUAAAGGGAGGGGAAGAAUCGCGUCUAAGUUGAGCUUAGAGCAACUGAUACAACCAGCCAUCGUUCCACCCCCGCCAAUUUCUUGGUAUCUCAGAGGAAUUACUACAAAGACCACUGAGAUGUUGAUUACUGACUUGCUUGCUGAGGCUGCAAGAAUCAGACAAGCUUCAGGCAAUGGAAAUUCUGAUCUGUCCGAUGAAAAAUCCGGUGAGAGCCAAGUAGGUAAUGCGUGUAAUAUUAAAGACAGAUGGGCUCUGAGAAGAAAACAUGCAAGGCUUUCUCAUAGAAGGUUGUCUUUGAAUUCAAAUUCCUGUUGAUUUUUCAAUUUGUUUUAACGUUUCUACACAUCAUUAUUCAUAGUUGAAUUCUAUAUAUGUUUGCGGAAUGUUUGAGUUGAUUGUUGACUACAUGUAUAAUAUUCAUGU